AUGUCUCCAUACCUCUUAUCCAUGUUUGUCUCCUCAGUCUUGGGACUGGUCUUGGCAAUCCCUUCUAACACUUGUAUUGUGAUGGGUAAUCUGGACAUCAUCAGAAAGAAAGGGAAGUUGAGUCCCUCCGAUGUGAUCUUUCUGGGGAAGGGAAUUGUGAAUAUUCUCCUCCAGUGUGUGAUGAGUCUUCAGACAAUGCUCUAUGUCUUGUGUCCAGAAGUCCUUAAUAUUACAGGAGAACAUGGAUUUAUGAUCACAUCAGUUUACUUCCUAAUCUACUAUAACUUCUGGUUGACCUUCUGGCUCUCGGCUCAUUACUGUACCAGCAUCACCAAUCUCAGCUAUGGGUUCUUCAUCUGGUUAAAUAGAAGUGUGUCCAAUUUCCUGAGUCACCUUCUAUUCCUGACAGCACUUGGGGUGUUCAUUGUGAGUGUUCCGCGGUUCUGGGCUACAAAUGCAGACAGCUUACAGUCUUCUGAGAACAGUACAAAAGCCUCUGGUAACAGGUACCUGGAAUUUUAUUUGCCUACAAACACCCUAGGCUGCAUUCUACCAACCUGCCUUAGUCUUCUGUUCCUGGUCCUGACUUUCUCCUUUCUGCUCAGACACGUCUGGAGGGUGAAGAAUAACGACUCGGGAUCAACACGUCCAAAUCUUCAGGCUCAUGUCACGGCACUGAGGACAAUCUUCUUCUUACUUCUCAUGUUUGCAAUCUUUUGCAUGACUCAAGCAGUCGCUUUUUUUCAAAAUUCCUCACUGUUUACAGUCAGUUGGGAUUUACAAUUAUUAUCUCAAUCGGUGGAGGCAGCCGUCAUCUUCCAGGCCAGCAAGAAGCUGAGAAGGAUCAUUCUGAGAAGAUUCUGGAUAAAAUGUGGGUGGAACACAGAGACUUAA